GGUGCUUCAGCGUCAUCAUGGUGGCUUGUGAAAGACAGCUUCUGGGCCUGGCCUUGGCCAUCAUUGGCUUUGUGGGGACCAUUAGCAUCUGUGCUCUUCCCACAUGGACAGUGCAUAAAGUCAACCAUCAAUCAUCGAACAACGUGCAAUCUGAAGGUUUGUGGAAAGCCUGUGAUACCGUCAAUGCAGAGCACGUGGAGUGCAAACAAUAUGGAAAACGACUCUAUAUAAGUCUAGACCUUGAGGUUGCCAGAGUGCUCAUCAUCAUUGCCAUUAUUAUUGGUGUCUUUGGGAUCCUGCUCGGUGUUGUUGGGAGCAAAUUCAUCAACUUUGUGCCAGAUGAAAUGAAAAAGAGCAAAAUAGCUAUGGUUUCCGGAGUUGCUAUUCUCUUUGCUGGCCUCUUUGUUCUAAUACCAGUCUGCUGGACCACCAUCACCAUCACCUAUGUUCUGCAGGGUGACCGUGUAAAGAGUGAACCGGGAGCCUUGCUUUACAUUGGCUGGAUCACCACAGCACUUCUGUUCCUGGGAGGAGGCCUCCUCUGCAGCUCCUUUAUCUGCAGAGAUGGAACUGACCAAGAUGUUGAGUACGUCAACCCUCACUCUUUGUAAAUAGUCUUUUUUACAAAGAGCAGUUACUUAGUUACUCAUAUUAACCUAAGCUUUGAAAUCCAGCAGUCUGUUAAAAAGAAAAAAAAAAGGUUGAAUGAGUAGUACAAGAAAGUUUAAAAUGUAAUUAAAAUAGGAAAAACUUUCGGCAAUUUGUGGAUGUAACUUAAUUCUUGAUAUAUUUUGUUGUAUUUUAUACCAGACAGUUUUUCUUCUUAUGUUUACUGUUUAUGCUAUUUACUAUAAGAAUUUGGACACAGUUUCCCUUUUUUUCUGUUAUCUUUGUAAAGAUCAAAAGCAUGUGCAUUCAAAACCUCUAUAAAACAUGAAUGUGUAUCUUAAAUCCAGAUCUGAUCUUUGACUUUUUCUUUAUCAAACUGUUCAAUAUUGAUUGUGUUUUUCAUUUGCAGUUGCAUUGAGAAUACCUUUCUGCAGUAUUUGUUUGCAGUUUUUUGAUUAGGUAUGAUUGUAUUGUAACAGUAAAAUUGUCACAUUAAGUUGUCGGUUAAUAAGAGAAUGAGAUCAUGUUUUGGGCAUUUUGAGUUUUGCUUAGUGUUUUUAAAGAUGUCUUUUUGGU